AUGGCUCCUCCCUGUGACAGUGCGCCUAUCAUUGGGCAAUUCCAAAUCCUUGUUGUCCUGUAUUUCUGCUCAUCGCUAAUACACUCAAAGUCCGAAGAUAUUCAGAGAGCCCAUCGUGUCGCAAGCACAUGCUCUCAACCAGCCAAUUACCUGCAGCCUGUCGAAGAUAGUUUGUACGACAUGGCCUUCCCUACCCAACGCAGUUCUAGCAUCUCGCUUCCGGGCUCGUUUGAUGACGAAGCUGUUUUCUGGCCCGCGCUUAUCGGUAAGGUCAGCACUGGGGAACACGCUCUGGGUGAGCUGUUGUGCGAAGUAUGCAUCACGACGACCCCUCCUGAUGAGAUCCUUGCGUGA